UGAUGUCCAUUUAACAAAUGUACUCUCUUGUCUGGUUGAUCGUUCAUCUUAGUGUGUUAGAAAAUGAGGUGUACAAGAUUUCGAUUUGCCGCAUUUUUGUUUAUUUGUAGCUUGGUUUUUGUUGUACAGAUUUUUAUUUUGUUCCCAGAAACUUACCCACGGAGAAUGCGGUUAACAGCUCUGUUAUCCGGCAAAUGGAAUGGCAAAAUGAGGAUUUCUGAUGCUAGAGGAAUGAGUGUGAAUAGCUCUGUGGUCACAAGUGGGCAAAGAAAGAAAUCAGUAAAAGAAGUGUGUGGAAACAUGCAAAAGUCAUGGGAUUCUCUGUCCAAAGAAGAAAGACAGAUCCUGGGAAAACAUAUUUUAGUAAAUGAUGAGCACAAAUUUUUGUAUUGUUCUGUACCAAAAGUUGCAUGCUCAAACUGGAAGAGAGUAAUGAUGGUACUUGAUGGUCAAGCAAUUGACUCCAAUACUAUUAAGAGAGUAAAUCACCAUUCGUUCACAACGCUGGCAGAUUUCCCCCCACUGGUUGUUAAACACAAACUUCAGGAGUACUACAAGUUCAUGUUUGUGCGAGAACCUUUUGCGAGACUUCUAUCAGCAUUCAAAGACAAGUUUGUCUUAAACAAUACUGCUUUCCACAAAAGGUAUGGAACACAGAUAAUAAGACAUGUGCGGAAAAAUGCUCCAGUAAAUUCAAAAGGAAAUGAUGUUAAAGUGGCAGAAUUUCUACAAUAUGUUGUGGACAGUCAUGUGGAGGACAUGAAUGAACAUUGGAUGCCAUUUUAUGAGUUAUGUCAACCAUGUGUUGUUUCUUAUGACUUCAUAGGAUCCAUGGAGAAUCUGGAAUCAGAUUCUACUCACGUAUUAAAACAGCUUAAUGUUAAUGAACAAGUUUCUUUCCCCAGACAACAAAAUUAUUACCGAGCUGGUGGGAAAGGAUAUGUCAAAAGCAAGAAAGUCUCAAAUAUACCUCCAGGUUUAAUGAGAAAUGUUUUGAAAAAGUAUGCCUUAGAUUACAAAAUGUUUUCAUAUCAAAUGCCCAAUAAAUGAAAAACUUUAUUCAA